AGUUUUAUCUAAAUUAAUGAAUAACAAAGAAUGAUGAUGAAAAAGAAAACAUAUACUCGAAUCCACAACACCUGAUCUCACCGAAGAAAGCAAUACGGCCGUUCUUAAUUCGUUGCCGGAUAAAUCUCGUGCAAGUUGUAUUUGUAAAUAUAUUCCAAUAUGCCAAUUAGUGAAGACGAAAUUGAUUACAACAGAUCACAAGAGCCACAAUCAACAAUGUCUAAGGCAGAAUUAAGAAAAACUCAUAAGCCUAUUAUGGAAAAAAGAAGAAGAGCAAGAAUAAAUCAUUGUCUUAAUGAAAUCAAAACUCUAAUUUUGGAAGCUAUGAAUAAAGAUCCUUCACGUCACACGAAACUCGAAAAAGCAGAUAUCCUGGAAAUGGCCGUAAAGCACCUCCAAAACGUUCAACGUCAACAACUAGCUAUGGCGAUGGCCUCAGAUCCCACUGUUUUAAGAAAAUUCAAGACAGGUUUCAACGAGUGCGCAGCUGAAAUAGAUAGAUAUAUGAACCAAAGUGACGGCGUCGACAACUCUAUGAAAUUAAGAGUAGUAAAUCACCUCCAAAAAUGUAUAGGAGGCAUAGAACAAGUGGCGCAAUUUUCUUUUGGUAACGUUUCGUUUGUAUCUGGAUCGUCUACAUCUCAAAUUGGAUCCAAUACGGGAGAUCAAAACAAUAAUCCCCGUAUACAGAUUCCUCAAGGUAUACAGUUAAUACCGAGUAGAUUACCGAGUGGAGAAUUGGCGUUGCUUGUUCCAAAUUCCAGAAACAUCAAUUUUUUUCCGACAAAUCAAAGACCAAGCGCUUUCGCAACUGUGAUACCCUCUUCAACCGCCGACGCGUCAAAACCCUUAAGUCCUCCCGUCAGUCCUGUUAUUCAAGAUGAAUUGAUAACGCGUAGCCGAUCACCACAAGGUUUUAGACCGGUUGUAUCCACUAAACACUACAAUGAAGAUCAUCAAGUUCCCCAAAUAACAUCAACGGCCGCUCCUUCAAUGGAAGUUAAGUCUCUAAAGUUCCCAAUCAAUAAAAGAUUAGAUUCUCCUAAAAAAAUCGGAGAACCUCUCUGCAUAAUUACUAAUCAAGCUGAAAGAUAUAAACAAGCACAAACGAGGGAAGAUUCAGCACAUUUCGAAGAAAAUAUAACGAGAGGAGUAAAAAGGAAGUGUCCAGAAUCACACGGAUUACUAACUAUGGUAAAUGAUGGUUUCUUUCACCCGCCUGCUCCAAAAGUAGUUAAAACUCAGUUAUUAACUCCAGAUUGUAAACCAUCGUCUAGUUUUUGCGAUGAUGAUGGUAAAAAAAUAAAGCAGGAAUCACCUAUUUCUAAAGAAUCUUCCGAUUCAGCUAAUGACAUGUGGAGACCUUGGUGAUAUAGAUUUCAUUUAAGAAUUUACAAUAGGAAAACAUGUAAUGUUACAUAAUUUCGUGUCUUAUUUUUAUAAAUAAGAUUUGGUUUAUUUGCAAUAAUCAACUGUAAACGCGUUCGAAUUGGAUAGAAGUAAUUUAAUUUUUUCUUCAAUUAUUUUUGUUUAAGUAACCUACAAUAUCUAAUACUUUAAUUCAUCUUAUCAAUAAACUGAAUCAUAGAAACUGCGAACGGACAUCUGCUUGAAGCGAAUGAAGAUUCAUCUUCAUUGGUAAAGUGUGUUUUCAUCUCAUUCCGAGGAAGUUUAUGGUGAAAAGUGCAUAAACUUGUGCAUGUUCAUUUAGCACGUUUGCAAAUGGUGCACGGCUUUUCCUGAAGGUUGCGUGGAAGUCACGAUGAAGUACAGAUUAGAAGACCGCCGGUAGCGGAUUCGAUUGUCUAGAACAUCAACAACGAACUGCUCAAAGAUCGGAGGGUUCGUUCGUGUUCGUGAACUUGUUAAGCACAUUCUUGAAGCUUCUCAUGGCACAAUUGAAAGAACUUUAAUAGAAACGUUGAGUUAUGGAAAGGUGAGUGCACGUUAGCUCUGACGGCUCCUGACUGACGCCUUGACAAGGAAAAGUUGUUAUAUGAAACGUGUGCAUUCCGAAAUAUCGUCAGUAGUAUCACUGUGGUUCAUUGCCAUAGAAGGAAUUCAAUCGAACGCAGUCGGCAGAGGAAAGAUUAUGACUCGGAAAAAGAUAUUCAUUAUCGAUUUUUUGCAACCUGUCGCGACAAUUAACACCUAGAUAGAUAUUAUGAAAAUAAUUCGGAAUUACUGGAGAGGACGACAUUUGACCCCACGUCGCUCCUCAAACACGGGAAAUUUUGAAUAAAUUUGAGUGGAUUUUCAUGUCCCAUCCUACGUACAGCCCGUACACAGCCCCCAGCGAUUAUUAUCUCUACCCCAAGUUAAAAUAAAACUUCAAGAGACUCGAUGAAGUCCGAGCAAACGUCAUAUAGGAAACUUCAACUUAGAAAUACUAAAACUGGAGCAAUGCCUUGGAAAGACGUGUAAACGUUUUCAAACUAAUAACAAUGAACAAUGUAGCCUAUAGCAUCCCCAAAUAUAGUUUACAAAUGAAGUCAUAAUGCUAGUGCUGCUAACUGAACCGAAGUAAUAAAAAUCAAAAGUUUUCUUAGGUUUUAUUUUGUAGAUUUUGGUUUUAGGUACCAAUAAUCUAGCUGAUUAAUUUCGUUUUUAUUUGUUAGAUUUGUUUACUGCAUAAUUAUAUUAUCAUAUACUAGAUAUUGUUCAUAUAUUAACGAAACGAAAUAUUUUCAAUGUGUUGAGAAAAUUAAAAGUUGGAAUUCAUCCAAUUCGAAUGCGCCCGAGGUAGAAAUUAGGAAUACAAAACACAGUUUUUAUACCGAGCUUUUAUAUAUACUCUCUCUAAUUUGUGGCUGUGAUAUUGAUAUUUUUCG